GUAAAUCAGGAGAUAGCUCAUGUGAACAUCAGAGAGAUUGUUCUGAAAAGAGUGUAUCUAAUACCACAGAACCAGGUACAUCUGUGGUUGCAAAAGUGUUAUCAAAUAUCCAAUGUAAAACAGACAAUCGGGUUACAGAAAUGGCAUCAACAUCGCAAGAGCAAUUAUCUUCAUCCCAAGUAUUGUUGAAAGAAAGUAAUGACACAAAUAAUAUGAGAAUGCCAUUUUCAUCCAGCUUAAUGUCACAUGACAUGGCAUCAUCCAAUCAGAGAUCAGGAACAAGUGGAAUAUCACAUGAUCGGAUAUUCAUGCGUAAUGAAGCAGAAGCAUGUCUGCCAGGACAAAAGCCGAGUAGUAUUUCAGGGGACCCGAAGAAGGUUCUACCAGUGUGUGAGAGUUCUUACACUGAAAACAAAAUAGACGAGGCUAUGAGUCAGAUGAAGGCAGAGCAUGAGAUUGAGCUGGAGGAGGAAAGGUUAGAGGUCGUUGAUGAGGAUGAUGCAUUUCUUUUGCAUGGUGAAGAUAUGGCAGACGACACCUGGUCAGACGAGGAACAAAGUUCAGAUGGCCAGGACUUGGGUGUGGACGGACAGGAAAGCAAAUCAGGAAAAAAUACUAAUGAUGUUGGUAAAACACAGGGUUCAGAUGAACAAGAUAAAAAAUGUGAAGAUAUGACAGAUCAACGGAAGGAUUCACCAAGUUGUCCUAGCAUUUCCGAAAAUGUAGAAAAGAUGGAUGUUUCUGAAUGUUUGACAACAGAAAACAAUAAAGUUGUUCAUGUGCCUGAUAGUCCUGCUGAAGUUGAAGAAGGAAGCCAAUGUAUGGAUACCACAGAACCCUCUGCAGGGAGGACUGACCAGGCUAUCUCUAAGGAUUGCAUAAGCAAUGUUGUGUGCCUGACAGAGGAUAACAAGAUGGCAGACUUAGACAGUAAAAUUGGUGAUUUAACUAACCAAAGUGAUUUCCACUGUUGCCACUGUCAGAGUGCCAGUAAAGCUCAAACACACAAUUUUACCAGUUGUAAAGGUCAAGGUUACAGUAUAUCCAAAGGUCACCAACAAAAUCAUAUUCAUUGCAAAUUAGAAGAGCAUCAGUCUGGAAAUUGGGGUCAAGGACAUGAUAAAAUUGAUAAUGAUAAUCAAUAUCAAUGUAAAAUUGAGGGUCAAGGAGAAAGUAAGACAGAUAAUGAGGGUCGGAGACAAUGUCAAUGUAACAUUGAAGGUCAAGGACGAAGUAAGACAGAUAAUGAGGGUAAGAGACAAUGUCAAUGUAACAUGGAAGGUCAAGGACAAUGUAAGACAUGUGGUGAAGCAAUAAAUCCUGUCAAAGUGACCACAAGUGGUCAUUUGUUUACAGGCUUGAAAUAUAACAAACAAGUAACAACAGAGAGUGCAGAAACACAUUCCAGUCUGAAAGGUCGGAUAAAGGGUAAUAACACAAGUGACAGGAAGGGUGAAAAAUCUGAUAGAAUAGAGGAAAAAGAAGAGGAGGAAGAUGAAGAGGAGGAGGAAGAAUAUUUCUGACGAAGAUGAAGUUGAUGAAGAAACGGUUCUGAUUGUAAGAAGAGAAGAGCCAAGAGGUUACAAAGUCACAAGUGAAAAAGUCAACAGAUCAGAGAAAGUCAUACAGGAGAACAACAUCACACUGUCAGGGGAAGUAAGUGUACGGUCUGAGUCAGGGGAGAUAACUAUAGACCCCACACA